AUGCCGGGUGCACCAUUGCCGUCGUCUGCGGCAUCCGAGGACGAAGAGCGGUUACUGCUCGUUGGCGGGGCCAAGCGCCUCCACACGUUCCGCAAGGUCGCCUUUGCCAUGGGCGCUGCGCCAAACUCACUGACGCAUACAAUCGUCGGCUUCUUCCUGUCACCCUUCCUGCUGGAAGUUGCUUUGGUCCCGCCGGCGGACGUGGGCAACAUUGUCCUGAUUGGCCGCUUCUUUGAUGCUUUUACGGAUCCGAUGAUGGGCUACCUGGCCCAGCGCUUUUUGACGCGAUGGGGCCGAUUCCGUCCGUGGAUGUUCUUCUCGGCUAUUCCGUGUGUAGCAACGUACUUUGGCCUGUGGGUGGUUCCGGACUGGGGCCGCUGGGAGCAGUUUGCCUACUACUUGAUUGUCUACUGUCUCUUCCAACUCGCCUUCACCUGCUACUUUGUACCGUACACGUCGCUGACAAUGGAAGUCAGUCCGCUAGCAAGCGAUCGCGACUCUGCAACCGCCUUCCGCAUGACGGCUGAGAUUCUGUCCGUUAUAUCGGCAGUCGUCAUCCAGGGCCAGAUUGUCCAGUCGUCCACGUUUGCCGACAACCCCAAGUUUGCGUACAUUUUGUCGGGUAUCGUCAUUUCGUGCCUUUCCGCCGUGAUGGCCUACAUUUGCAUCUUCUCCGUCAAAGAGUACACGACCGAAGAGCGUCUUGCUGCUCGCAAGCGUCGCGAAGACGAAGAGCGCGAAGGACUGGGCUACAAGGUGCACUCGCGCACCUCUGCCAAGGCUACCGGCAACUCGGACCGUCGCGGUCUGCUGUCUGCUGAACAGCAGGCUGGAGCAGACGAUGACGAUGAGUCGGCCGGCCUCUCUGGCAAGCACGCAUCCUACGGCACCGGCUCCUCCUCCUCCUCUUCCUCUCAGGCGGGUGCUGACGCCAACGUUGGUGGCAGCUACGCCAACGGUGGUGGUGCUGCCGUCGAUGGCGGCGCCGCCGCCAACUCUGAUCGCAAUCACCAGCAGCAGGUCGCCGUCGCGGCGGACGCCCCCGAGCACAUUUCGCUUUGGGAAGGUGUCAAGCUUUCGUUCAAGUCGCGCUCCUACCUCAUCCUCAUGUUCAUGUACAUGAGUGUGUGGCUCGCUGUGCAGAUGGUGCAGGGCAAUCUCGUCCUCUACAUCAAGUACGCAAUCAAAAUGCAAAGCCAGUUCGACAUGAUCAUUGUGAGCAGUCUUCUGGCCACCUUCUGCAUGAUUCCCGUGUGGACGGCGGUCAUCAAGCGCAUCGGCAAGCGCAGGACGUACCUGAUUGGCCAAAGCAUCCAUGUUCCCGUGCUGCUGCUCUUUUACUUUAUGGACGAGACCGUUUGGCACAUGUACUGCACUGUCAUUUUGAUUGCCAUCGGCACGUCGGUGGCCUAUCUGCUGCCUUGGUCGAUGCUUCCCGACACCAUCGACGAAGCCCAGGUGCUAACAGGCGUGCGCCGCGAGUCGGUCUUUUACGCCUUCUUUGUCUUCUUCCAAAAGUUCACGUCUGGCAUUGCCCUUUCCUUGUCCAGCUACGCCCUCGAGCUGGUGGGCUACGUGUCAAAGGCAGACGACCAGCCCGACAAGGUCAAGGAAACGCUCCGCCUCCUUGUGAGCGUUGUGCCCGCAUGCCUCUGCGCCCUCGGUCUCUUCUGCUGCUGGCUCUACCCCAUCUCGUCGGAGCGUGCCGCCGCCAACCGCGCCAUGAUCAACCAGAUGGAGAAGGACAAGAAGGCAUUCCAGGACAAGGCUUCCGUCCAGGGCCAGUCCUCGCCGCUGGAGCCCGCGUCCCCAUCGAUGCGUCAGCAAGACUCUGUCACCUCCAACGUGGUGUACUCGGACGAGUCGACCGCAUAAAACCCAGCGUUCUCUGUCUUGAUUUUUAAAAAUCUUUGUUUUCUUGUUUGACCUGCCCAAAGUCUCGAUAGGAGUGCGUUCACGUUCGUUUCUGCCGCUCUUCCGCCAACCACUCUGCAUUCUGUGUUUUUGUUUUUUCCCUCCCUUGCUUUUCUCGCACAAGACAGUGUUUUUGUUUUGUGUCGUGUUUUGCAUGCUUUGUCAUUUUGUAUUUUUUUUUCCGUGUGAUGUUGAAAUCCUUGCAACAGUACAAACAAAAACUUGAAC